UUAAUGUACAGUGCUGACUGAAAGUGAGAUCACAAUUUAGCCGGUAAAAUGUCUUCAUCUCCCUCGGAGCCUUCAGACAUUAAAAGUGAUGCACCUAAAGAGAAGGAUUAUCGGACCCCUGGAUUCAGGGGAAUAAAGACGACCAGUCUGUUCCGAGCUGUCAACCCUGAGCUCUUCAUCAAACCAAACAAGCCAAUAAUGGCGUUUGGACUAUUUACAAUAACAAUGUGUGUUGCCUAUAUUGCUUAUUUACAAGCAACAGAGGAAAAUAAAAAGGACUUGUAUGAAGCAAUUGACAGUGAAGGAAACAGGUACACAAGAAGGAAAAACUCCAGAUGGGAUUGAAAUGUGAAUG